CAUCCAAGCGAGAGCUGCCCGAACAGUGACCAGGAGUCGGACCCAGGCUCCCCGUGCUUGCUCCAGCCCCAUCACCCUGGAGGAGUCUGGAUAACUCAGAUGUGGCACCAGAGCUGCUUGACCCCAUCCUGAUCCGGCCUUCACCCUGAAUCCCCACUGCCAUGAAGAGGAAGCCGGGGAAUGGGCGGGGGCCGGACCCUGCGGCCCCCCAGCAGCGAGCCCGCUCUGUCACCAAGCCAGCGGAGUACGUGGGAUCCUUCAUGGUGGAGGAGCUGGACCUGCAGCAGCGAGCAGGGCAGGUGGAGGAGCAGCUGCGGGCACUGAAGGACUGUCCCCGGAGGAGGUCGGUGGUGCUGAGGUUCAGCUUGCAGGGCCUGAAGGUCUACGGUGCUGAUGGGGAGACGCUGCUGAUGGCACACGCGCUGCGCCGCAUCCUGUACAGCACCUGGAGGCUCCCCGACCGCCAGUUCGCCUUCGUGGCCCGCAACCCCCACAGCCCCCCCAGCAGCCUCUUCUGCCACCUCUUCGUGGGGCUCCCGGGAGAGGUCCAGACCCUGCACCUCCUGCUCUGCCGCUCCUUCCAGCUCUGCUACCUCCUGGCACACCCCGAGGAGCAGGCGGGCGAGGGGGAGCUCCCGGGGCCGGGGGUGCUGCGGGAGCCCCUCAACCCCGAGGAGGUGUCACGAAAUGUCAACGCCCUCGUGUCCUUCCGGCGCCUGCCCGCGCCCGGCGGCCUCGGCCCGCUGGGCACCGGGGACCGGCGGCCGGAGGCGGAGGGCAGAGCCUGGCGCCCGGGGAACCCCUACUGCUCGCCGGUGCUGGUGCGCAAGAAAGCCAUCCGGAGCAAAGUGCUGCGCUCGGGAGCCUACCGGGACUGCGGGGGCGAGGGACAGCUCCACCAGCAGCCCCGCGACGCCGCGGCGGCGGGAGGCGAAAGCAAAGGGGCGAGGAGCUUGGCCUUCCUGCCCGAGAACGAGAGCGUCCUCGCCGAGAGCGUGUGGGCCUUCGCCGGCAUCGCCAGGUGA